AUGGCUUCACAGUGUGAUAACGACUGGCAGUCUACCAACAAGACAGCCUUGGAAAGAAACACUUAUGUGUUUAACAAUUCAUUGAUGUGCGACAUCACAUUUACUUGUGGAGAAUCAAAGCGAAAGCAUUUCCACGUCCAUAAAUAUGUUCUAGCCACGAGCAAUGUUGUCUUCCAAUCUAUGUUUUACGGAAAGCUAGCUGAGAAAGCCUCCGUCAUUCACCUUCCUGACACCGAUGAAGUCAGUCUUCAAGAGUUUUUUCGUUUUUUGUACACCGACAAUUGUACAAUUACACCUAAAAAUGUGAGAGUGUUGAUGUACUUGGGCCGGAAAUACAUUGUUCCUUCUUUGAUGGAAAGAUGCGUCGAUGCUCUACAUGAAUGCAUGCAGCCAGAUAAGGUACUUGAACUUCUUGAAGAAGCGAUAUAUUUUAACGAGAAGGAGCUGAAGAAGAAAUGCUGGGAAGUCAUUGAUGUGCAGACAAGUGACGUCGUGUCCUCAGAUGCCUUUUGUGAUAUCAGUCAGGCGACGUUAAUUAACUUAUUAAAACGAGAUACGCUUCACAUCGCGGAAGUAGAUUUAUUUAAAGCUGUUUUAAAAUGGUCCGAAAGUCAAUGUUCAAAGAAUGGCGUACAGGCAACUGGUCGAAAUAAAAGAGCAGUUCUCAAUAAUGCUCUCUACGAAAUCCGUUUACUCUUGAUGUCACAAAAAGAGUUUACCCAACAUGUCUCCUCGUCUGGAUUGCUCACGGCUGAAAAAAUUGUACAAAUAUAUGGUGAAUUUAAUAACGACUCUUCUCGUGUACCUGUAAGGCGACGAGGAAAGCAGGUCAAACAUCAAUUGCCCAUACAAAGGCUUACAAGUUUUGUUAAAUUUUUUAUUCCUCUAAUGUUGUAUAUAAAGUCGUGCGUUUUGAUUACUUAUAAUCUUAUUGCUCAUAUUCCCUGA